UUCCCGUUAGUAGAAAUGCGGGGGCAAAUGUAGGCAAAACAAAUCAAUUGACGAUGCUGUUGGCAGAUUAAACUCCUGACGGAAAUCCUAAAAAUACAGACCAUGGUGGAAAACUCUCCUUCUCCUCUUCCCGAGAGAGCCAUCUAUGGCUUUGUUUUAUUCCUUGGAUCACAGUUUGGCUUCUUUCUGUACUGUGUGUGGGCAUACAUCCCAGAGGAGUGGCUCCAUUCAGUAGGACUUACUUACUGGCCUCAAAAAUAUUGGGCCCUGGCUGUUCCAAUCUAUCUGCUGGUCGCAUUGACCAUCUUUGUUGUGAUGCUGUAUGGAGUGAACAUGUACAACACGGCGCCGCUUGACUCUAUCGACACCAUUACUGAUGUAUAUGCAAGAGGCCAAAUGAAGGAAGUCCCCCAGAAAGGUCAAAUACCAAGACUAAAGGACGUGCCCAUCAGUGAAGUCAACAAAAUGUUGUACUUGUCACCUAAGUUAUAAACAUGUUUACAUUUUUGCAGAACAUUAAAGAUUAAGUUAUACUAUAGAUAGAAAUGGGUUUUUUAU